AUGGGGAAUAACAUUUCAAGUACAACUGCUUCGAUAGCGACUGCGGGAAUUGAUAGUUACGUUAGUGAGCUUGGAGAUAUUCAAUAUGAAAGGAGCUUAAGUAGUGCACGUUUUAUGAAAACUAUUCGUUGUCGUCAUAAAGAGGGUGCCGUUGUUGUAAAAAUAUUUAUUAAACCAGAACCUGGGUUGUCCUUAUCAAAUAUUGUAAAAGCACUUCAAGAGGAGAAAGAUGUCUUAUCGGAAGUUCCAAACGCGUUUGCAUAUCAACGAAUAUUAGAAACAGAAAAGGCCGGAUAUCUAAUAAGACAAUUCUUUUUCAGUAGUUUAUAUGACCGAAUAAGCACACGUCCAUUUUUGAAUCUAAUAGAAAAAAAAUGGAUCACGUAUCAAAUAUUAUGUGGAGUACAUGAUGCUCACACCAGAGCGAUUUAUCAUGGAGAUAUUAAGACAGAGAAUGUUCUUGUGACUUCAUGGAAUUGGGAUAAUCCUGCAGAUUUUUCGUUUUUUUUCGAUACUUCAUCAAGAAGAACAUGUUAUCUUGCUCCGGAAAGAUUUUAUAAACCUGGGAGUGAAAUUGAUAGAAGAAAGCUGUUUAAAUACAGAUCUGGCGAGUAUGAUCCUGAAUUAUAUUUAAAAAAGAUCGAGGAUGAAGAUAUAAAGGCCAUGGUAAAACAUAUGAUUAAUGUAGAUCCAUCCCAAAGAUAUACAGCAGAACAAUAUCUUCAAGAAUGGCGUGGGACAGCAUUUCCACAAUAUUUUUAUACUUUCCUUCAUCAAUAUAUUGGGUCAGUUACCGAUCCGCAUAAUCAAUCCCAUCCAAGACGACUUAUUUCCUCCGCGACUAAUACAACCUUCUCUAAUAAAAGAUAUGAGUUAAAUGAGCCCAAUAAUACAAUUGUAAAUACUGAUGCGGAUGAGAAGAUUGAGAGAAUCUAUCAUGAAUUUGAUAAAAUCGCCUUUUUCCUUGGAUUUUUUGGCGAUAAUUCCUCGCCAGAAUCCGAAGUUGUAGUUGUUCGAGGACGUGGUGAUAAAUUUGGAGAAAGUUCUCGCCCAAUUGAAAUUCAACUUCAUAUACCAAAUUAUGAUCCAACUACAGCUAGCAAAAAAAGAGAGAAACAUGCCGAUGAUGGGGCACUAAUUUUCCUCUCUUUAAUAUGUGCUACUAUUCGAAACACUGCAUAUCCAUCCUCUAAACUUCAUGCUCUGGAUAUGUUGCUCGCUAUCGGACAGCAUUUGGAAGACGAAUUUAAAUUGGAUAGGUUAGUUCCUUAUUUGAUUGCUCUUUUAGGAGAUGACGUCGGUCUUGUCCGUGCGAAUGCCGUUAAAACCCUGACUCAUUUGCUGUCGAUGGUAGAGACGAUCACACCUUCAAAUGCAACAAUCUUUCCAGAAUAUAUAAUGCCAAAUUUACUAAAAUUUGCUACUGAUCCCGAAGUACUCGUCAGAAUGACAUAUGCUCAGUGCAUAACAUCUUUGGCCGAAACUGCUUUACGAUUUCUAGAAUUAACACAAUCAUUUAAGACAGAAUCUUUAAACUCUACAGACAAUGAUACGGACAUUGAUAGUUCAUAUGAGGCUACCUAUGAUGCAACUCUACAUGAACUUCAGUCUAUAAUACAAGAUCAAGUUUCCACGCUAUUAACGGAUUCCGAAAGUGCGGUAAAACGUGCUUUAUUAUCCAAUAUUACUAGCCUAUGUGUUUUCUUUGGUAGACAAAAAGCCAACGACGAAUUAUUAAGUCAUAUGAUUACUUAUCUAAAUGACCGAGAUUGGAUGUUACGAAGUGCAUUCUUUGAGAGUAUCAUUGGCGUUGGAACUUUCGUGGGAGGUCGUAGUUUAGAAGAAUAUAUCUUACCUUUAAUGAUUCAAUCUCUCUCAGAUUCCGAAGAAUUUGUGGUAGAGAAGGUAUUAAACUCUCUAACAAGUCUUGCAGAGCUGGGAUUAUUUCAAAAAAUGAAAUUAUGGGAGUUGACUGCGAUCGUUUCUUCUUUAAUGUGUCAUCCUGGUAUAUGGAUUCGAUAUGGUGCUAUCGCAUUUAUAGCUUCAGCAGCUAAAUUGUUACCUUCGACUGAUGUGUGGUGCAUAGUUUAUCCGAUAAUAAGACCAUUCCUGCAAGCUGACAUCGCCGAAAUAACCGAACUUCAAUUAUUAGAGAAUGUUAAAGAGCCGUCGUCAUUUUGGAAAUCGGCUAAAGAAAGAAAAGCAAACAGAGUUGCUACAGCUACGUUACCCGGUAGUUCAAGUGUCACUAAUUUAUUAUCAAGAAGAACGUCUACUCUGGCAGUAAAUACCGGAAAAGUUAAUAAAUCGGAAGAGGAUGAGAAAUAUUUGGAGAAAAUGAGAAACAUUGGAAUGACUCCCGAAGAUGAAGAAAAAAUUGCUGCUAUGAGAGACUAUAUAUAUAAACUAUCUAUAUCUAAAUCAAAUGCCAGACCAAACGAAAAUAGUAAUUUAGAGGAUGAUGAUAUCGUAUUGAAAAACCUCGGAAUAACACCACACAACGUGUUUGUUAUGCCAACAAAUGCUGAUGGACAUACAGUUACUAAUUCUCUUAUUCCAAACCUUAAUAAAGCAAAUAGUAAGGGUUCAUUAAUUGAACCUUCAGGUACUCAAGUUCCUCGUAUUUCGAGUGAAAGUAAUCUUCAAUUACUUUUACGAACAGAAGAUCAAAGUCGAUUGAUUUCUACAAGUUUAGGUCAAAUGAGGAAUAACCUUGGGUCAAAUUUUAAAAAUCAAUCUACAACAUCAGUUGCUUCUGAACCUUCUCCCGCAUUACACCAUAAUAAACACAUUCCUCCACCUUUAACGAUUAAUAUAACUAAUGCUAAUCAAUCAAAUUCUGUAACAACUGUUGCAACCCCUUUGCGGGAACGGCACUUGUCUUUUGCGGGGAAGCUUGAAAGUCCUAAAGCUGCAGCUGCGACUAGUACAAAUACUACUACUGCAAUUGCAACUUUGCAAGUACCUUUUCCUUACCCAGCUAGUAGGCAAGGACCGAAUGGUACUAUCUUAAAUUCGGUUAUAUCAGAUAGCCUUCCAAGGAGGAAUCUUGAAGCAUUUGUUUCUAGCACUUAUGAGGGUAACGACAGAAAUGUAAAGAACUUAUUAGAUAAUUUAUAUUUUGAAGCAAAUCCUGAACCAAUGCCAGAAUUUGGUCCAAAGGUGACAAAAAUGUUAAUUCCACGUACUCGAGGCUCAAGAACAGCAAAUGUCAAAUCGAUCUCAAAUUGGAGACCUGAUGGUACCCUGGUAGCACAUAUGACUGAACACAAAGGUGCAAUCAACCAAAUUUGCGUAUCACCUGAUCAUAAUUUCUUUGCAUCAUGUUCAGAUGAUGGUACAAUCAAGAUUUGGGAUUGUUCUAGAUUUGUGAAGAAUUUCAAUAAUCGAUCGAGAGUUACUUAUAACCAAGGAGGGAAAAUCAAAUGCAUGACAUUCAUCGAUAGUACACACAGUAUUGCUGCGGCAUCUGAUAACGGUAGUAUUCAUGUGUUCAGAAUUGAUUAUACUCCGGGCACAAAUUCACCUAAAUAUGGAAAGCCCGUGAUAGUUAGAGAGACUUGUUUGGACGGAGAAUAUGCGGUAGCGAUGGAACAUUAUGAAAUCGGCGUCGAGUCCAUACUCUUGUAUGCCACAUCCAAAGGAAAUAUAUGCGGAUUAGAUUUGCGCACAAUGCAGGUCGUAUGGACCUUUAAAAAUCCUAGAAGUCAUGGGGUGAUUACAGCAAUUGUUACAGACAAGAAAUACAGAUGGCUUCUUAUUGGAACAUCUCGGGGUAUCUUUACAAUGUGGGAUCUUCGAUUCAGAAUUCAAUUGAAAUCAUGGGUUCAUCCCACCAAAAGUCGAAUUAGUAAACUUUUACUACAUCCACAAGCUGGUUCUAAACAAAGAUGGUGGGUUAUUGUUGCAGCAGGAAAAAAUGAGGUAUCGGUUUGGGACAUAGAAAAGGUUGAAUGUAAAGAAGUUUUUGGUGUACGAACCGGGAACGAAAAAACGGGUGGAGUUUCGUUGGAUAUGUUUAAGGCAUCAGAUCCUCCUGGACCAAGCGAUAUAUUAAGGAGCGCUUUCACGGCCCACGAAGGCAGUUUUUCAGCAGACAAUUCUAUACGGGCAAUGAUUUAUCCACCUGAUUGUAAUUAUAUGAUUACGGCCGGAUCCGAUCGUAAAAUUCGAUUUUGGGAUAAUAAUCGUAUAGAUGAGUCAUACAUUGUUGUUGGAUCUGAUGUAGAUGAACCCAAACCCUCUUAUAGUACAAAGCAAUUUGAUGGAAUAAACGUCCACUAUGAAAUUCAUCGAGUCAUGAACACGGCAACAUCAAACUUGUCAAUGACAAAUUCCAACAAUAGUAGUUCUGGAGGAAUUCAACAACAACAAUUACUUAAAAAUCAUUUAGAUUGUAUAACAGAUUUAAAGGUUACAGAGUUACCACAUCCAAUGUUAAUAAGUGGUGAUAGGGAUGGAAUAAUCAAGAUGGGACAAGGGAUAUCGAUUAGAAGAUUAAAAAGGAAAAAAAGUACAUUAAGUCAACGUUCAACGAAAUCUCUUCAAGGAUCAGAUACGGAAUUUAACUUUUCUGUGCAAGAACAUAAUAUAAGAACACGUUAUGAAAUUGCUAUAAAAGAUAUAUUUGAAUCGAAUUUUUCCUCCCCCGUUGAAGAUAUAUUAACAUUGAAUGGAAAGGUAUUGGAGAUAGGAUGUGGAACAGGAACAUGGUUAGUUAACAUGGCCUAUGAGUACCCGAAUUCAGAAUUCGUUGGAUUGGAAGUGAAAUCAGAUAUAAUUAUCCCUCGAAAUUUUCCAAAAAAUCUAACGAUAAUAAAAGAUACUUUAAGUUUACCAUAUGAUGAUGAUGAAUUUGACUUUUUGAAAAUGGGGGAAUUAAUAUUCCGCGUAACAGAAGUUGAAUAUGAAUACAUGAUCAAAGAAAUGAUCAGAGUGACCAAACGCGGAGGUUGGAUAGAAAUCAAUGAACCGCAUUUAAUUCCGCCAAAACGUUCAAGUCUUACCAAACUGGUUAAUGCUUACAAGGAAAUUGUCGAAUUACGAGGAAUCAACACAAAUUUGAUAGAGAAAAUGCAACUUAUUUUGCAUUCAACGAAUAAAUUACAAGAAUUUCAAGUUGAUUGUAAAACAAUGCCUAUGGGAUUUAAAGGAAGUGAAAUAGGAGAACGAGUUGCCGAAAUCUAUAUGAAUUAUUAUAAAGAUGUUGUCGGUACCGAAAUAGCCGCUCAUCUAGACAUGUCUUACGAUGAAUUUCUACGAACCUUAUUUAAAGAAAGUGAAAAAGAUUUAAGCACCUUAAGUUUUGAGACAAAAUAUUAUAGGUUUUUUGUCACAAUGUCAUUCCUAACUCAGCUUACUCGAUCUUUUCGACUUUCAUCAACAUUACCACAACCUUCGUCAAUGUUGCUUAAUUCGAUUAAUUUUACUCGUGGAAUGAAAGUCAGGUCUUCGGUAAAAAGAUUUUGUGACGGUUGUUUUACCGUGAAAAGGCGUGGUAGAAUUUUUGUACUUUGUAAAAAGAAUAAGAAACAUAAGCAAAGACAAGGAUGA